CGGUGACGACAUUCGGGUGUCGGUGUACAGAGGUUGGACCGAUUCUGCCGCGUAGAAGCGUCGUUAAAAGCGCACGGACGAAUCCAGAUGUGCGACGCGUCCCGCACCUUACUCAGGGAUUAGCAUUCGCCAUGGCUCGGGUCGGUAACGGAGCAGACAGCGCGGAACCGGAGGAGGACUGUUUUGAAGAUGCUUACGAUCGUAUACCAGCGGCGUCUACGAUGGACUUGUGUUCAUCUAUAGAUGAGUGCAAUAUUGCUCUUAACCUCUUUCUGAAUAAUAAGUUCUCUGAAGCGCUGGAACGCCUCAAACCCUGGUCUAAGAAGAGCAUGUAUCAUGCGUUAGGUUACAGCAGUAUUUUAGUGAUGCAGGCCGCUAUGACAUUUGAACAACAAGACAUUCAGACGGGCAUGGCAACCAUCAAAGAGGCCUUACAGACCUGCCAGAGGUUCAGAAAACGAAACUCUGUGGUGGAGUCCAUAUCUAACCUGAUGUCUAAACACUCACCUGACAGCAUGAAAGAGGAGGAGAUGCACGCUGAGAUCUGCUAUGCUGAAUGUUUGCUACAGAAGGCCACACUUACAUUUGUCCAGGAUGAAAACAUGAUCAGUUUUAUUAAAGGUGGAAUCAAAAUACGCACAAGUUAUCAAAUCUACAAGGAAUGUCAGAGUGUGUUGAACAUGUCUCAGGGAGUGGGCGGAGACAACGAGGCCUUCAGACAGUAUGAGGGCGGAGUCAAGUUGGGGAUUGGCUCCUUUAAUCUGAUGUUAUCACUGCUGCCUGCACGAAUACUGCGACUGCUGGAGUUUAUCGGCUUCUCAGGGAACAGAGAGUUUGGUUUGUCUCAGCUGCGUGAUGGUGCCGUCAAUCACAGCCUCAGAUCCAUCCUGUGUGUCCUUACUCUGCUCUUCUACUACACAUAUGUGUGUCUGAUACUGGGCACAGGUGAAGGAAACCUGGAGGAGGCUGAAGCACUUUUACAACCAUAUAUAGAAAAAUACCCUCGGGGUUCCAUCAUCCUCUUCUACACCGCACGCAUCGCCUUACUGAGAGGAAACUUUGAGAAGGCAGUGUUGAAGUUUCAGGAGUGUAUCGCUACACAACAGCAGUGGCGUCAGAUUCAUCAUUUGUGUUAUUGGGAGUUAAUGUGGAGUCAUUCCUUUCAGCAGCAGUGGGGAGAAGCCUAUCGAUACGCAGAUCUGUUGUGUAAAGAGAGUCGCUGGUCUAAGGCCAUGUAUGUGUAUCAGAAAGCUGCUAUAUUGAGCAUGAUGUCAGAUGAAGACGUGAAGAAGACCGGAGAGAGUAUUGUGGACUUAUUCAGACAGGUGGAAGGGCUGAAGCAGCGAUUGGCCGGUAAGUCGAUCCCCACUGAGAAGUUUGCUGUAAGGAAAGCUAGAAGAUAUUCAUUACCUGUGCCGGUCAAACUGGUGAUUCCUGCACUGGAAAUGAUGUAUGUGUGGAACGGCUUCACCAUUGUUGGAAAGCGUGCGGACGUCACUGAGAGUUUACUGAUCACCAUUGAGAGAGCCGAAGAGCAGCUAAACAACGACCCUAACCCGACAGAGUUUCAUCCAGAUGAUCAGUGUCUGGUGCAGAUGUUGAAGGGUUUGUGUUUGAAACAUCUGGGCAGAUUGAUGCAGGCUGAGCUUUGUUUCUCACAGGUGUUGAGCAGUGAGAAACGCAUCCGGUACGAUCAUUACUUGAUUCCCUUCACUCUUUAUGAACUGGGUUUACUCUACAAACAACAGGGCGAUUACAUCAAAGCCACACGAGUCAUUGAAGAGGCCAAGCUAAAUUAUAAAGAUUAUUCGAUGGAGUCUCGGCUUCAUUUCCGCAUCCAUGCGGCUCUCGGCAGUCUGAAGGGUUCUCCGGUGAACACACCUUGAUGAUGACGUCACCACGGAUGAUGCUGAAGAUCACAGACGACUGCAAUCAGACAGCUAAAAACCUCCCCGACCUCCAAUCACAAAACAGCUGCUUUAAUGAAUGUAACCUUUAUAUUUUGAAAAGACCAAAUAUGUUUUUUUGUUGUGUUCGUGUGUUUCACAGCAGUUUGUUUAUUAUCUGUCAUUCACAGAAAGUGAGAUUAUUACAGACAUUAUGUUUGAUUUUAAUAAAAGUUGACAUCUUUUUCGCUUUAAGCAAUCCAAGAAAUUAAUUUAAAAGCAAUAAUCAAUCAUGCAGUCAUAUUGUACAAUUUUAUAAAUAUUUGUAUUUCUUUAGUAAUAGUUUAUUUGACUGUAUUGAUUUCAAGUGUUUGGCAUGUUUUAUAGAUCAUUCGUGUUUAUAUUUUCUUUUGUCUCGAUAAUCACCAAAUAAUUGAUAUAAUAAUGAAAUACAGUUAAGUUGACUUUAUUUGAUGAGCUUAAUCUGUCUGAAAAUAUGUAUAAAGUUUUGAGGUAAAUGUUGAAUAACUUAAGAAGUAGCUUGAAGUGUGUUUAUAUGUUCACAUCUGUCUGCUUCAGGACAUAUUGUGUUUCUCUUGAUGUUAUUUUAGGGCUCAGCACUGAGAAAUAAAUCUUUAUUCAGUAGAUUCACUACAAUAUUUAAGUGAACAUGAUAACACUUAAAGACAGUCACAUGUGGUCGUUCUAAGACUAGUCUUAAAGUUUAGGCAUCUAUUAUUUUUCUUCUUUUUUGAGUUUGUCAGAUAAAAAGGAAGAUUGGUAUCACUUAUAUCCAAACACUAAAACUGACUAGCCCUAAAUAGUUGCUAGUUGUUCAGGCUAGUUCUUAAGAGUUGGCAACUAUGUUUAUGCAAAUAACAGAGAAAACAAUGACAACUAUUUCUGACUGAAUCGAUCCUUAAACAAAAACAAAACGUCUUAUGUCACUUAAUUCUCUUCACUGUUUGAUAUGAACGUUUAUAUGUAUAAUUCCACAUCACUAUUAUGUCAUUUUAAUUCAACUGUAAGCUGUGAUUUCCCAGACAGGGCUUAAGACUAGUCCCAGACUAACUUAAAUGUUAGUCUUAAAUGUGUUGUUUAGAUCAAAAACAACUCGCUUUGACAUAUCUUAAAAUAUAAGUAGUGAAAGUGUUAUGUUUCAAGAUGCACACAAGUAAUGUUUGUUUAAAAUGACUUAAAUAUCCUUAAACUAGUCCUGGCUUAAACUAAUCCCUGUCCGGGAAACCACCAGUACGUGUAUAAAUAUAACACUUAUGUUUUUUAUAGCAAUAAUUUAAGUUUUCAGUACAAACACUAUUAAAUGUUCUUGUGAUUUACUUUCUGAUGAGUGAGUCUGAUGGAAAAAUAAAGUUUUGUUUUUGUUUACUGUG